AGAACGAGUUGCAAUGCACGCCUACUAGCCAAUCAUGGACCAUCGCGCGUGUCCUCCACGUGCCGCUCAUCAGCAUCUCGCUCGGCAGAUUACUCUCCGAUGACCUCCGACCUCUACGAGCUCACCACCGCUUCAUUACGGAGCUUUCCGCUCCUUGUCAACGUCUAAAUGUCCGCUGAAAGGUUUGCAAAUCCCUACCUGAUACCGGACAGGAUUGAACCCGAGGUAGAGACUGCACCACGUCUCCGUCAACGUCGUCACUCUUCAAGUCUGUGGCGAUAUGCACUCGUCACUACUUUAAACCUCUUUGUGGCGUUAUGUUUCGUGCUUUUCAUCGGUGGCCAAGCUGCGUACGUGUCUCCACUCUACAAGAACCACCUCCAGUCCCUAGUAGCCUCUUGGUGGGGGUCCCACGAAGAAAUGGUCGAUCCGUCGUAUCUACUGCUGGUCGGAGUAGCACCAACAUUAUUAUGUGUCGCAGUGGCCCAGUGGCUCUAUCGACUACGUACACAGCGUAAAAUCUGGAGAAUUACUACAAUUCUGCGUCGUCGGCCGUCCCCCGAUAGUCUCAGCUAUGGAGAACUGCUGUUCCUAUUCGUCCUAAGUACUGGCAACGCUCUAGUCUUUUGGUACGGAUUCACUAAGAAACAUGGACACAAACCACGAUUUAGUGGUGACCCGCCUUCUCCACAUCCUCCAGGGCCUCCAUCAGGCACUUCGUACAUCAAAAUGGCUGGGAACGCAUUGGGAUUCAACUGUCUCUUCAACAUGGCGUUGCUCUUUAUACCAGCCACACGCAACAAUAUUUGGAUGGAGUUUAUGAACAUUUCGUAUGCGAAUGGUAUCAAGUUUCAUCGAUGGCUUGGAGUGGCAGCAAUACUGACGGGUAUUAUUCACUGUGGAUGUUACUACUACAACUGGCUGCAGGAUGGGAGGUGGAAGCAAAUGACGUUGCCCUGUUGGGAUUGUUCACUACGUGAGCGUACGGGACGGAAGAUUUGGGUCAACGUAUUUGGGGAACUGGCACUUUUGUGCUUUUUAGUGAUCGGAGUCACGUCCAUUCCGUGGAUUCGACGCAAAAUGUACAAUUUCUUCUACAAUGUUCACCAGCUUUUCUUUCUGGUAAUUCUCUUCACGACAUUGCAUUGGUCACGAGCGGUGUGGUUCCUUCUGCCGUCGGUUGUCGUUUAUCUUGUCAGCAGAGUGCUCUCGCACUGCAAUGGCGCUAGUUCUGUAAAGGUUGUGGAGUUUACAGCGCUGUCUCCUUCGUUGUGUAAAUUGGUGAUCGCUCAUACACCGAGCGAGAGAGGAAGGUAUCAAGUUGGACAGUUCGUCUACUUAAACGUGCCAGCCAUUUCGCGGCUUGAGUGGCACGCCUUCACUAUUGCAUCGUCACCAAAAACUUCUUACAAGUCCUCGAAUACUAUGACGAUACUGAUCAAAGCUUUGGGCGAUUGGACGGAGAAGCUUAUGGUGUACCAGCAAGUGUGUACGCGGUGCUCAAUCGAACCGGAAGUGUAUGUGGAUGGCUACUAUGGAGUCUCUCUGGAAAUGUACAAAUCAUACAGUACCGUGGUGCUAAUUGGUGGCGGCGUUGGCAUCUCCCCGUUGCUCGGUUUGCUGGAAGGUAUCUGCAUUACUGCAGAGACACGGCAAGUGCAUGGACGGAAAAGUUUCCCUCGUCGAGUUGCUGCAAUUUUUACGAUGCGAGAGCUUGAAUUACUGAAGGAAAUAUAUCCACUACUGGUUCGACUCCGUGAGGUAGACCCUCAAGGACGUUUUAUAUCGGUAACUGUGACGCUGACGACUACUCCUCGACCAGAUGAAUUGGAUGCCUCUCUUGACGGUGACUACAAGUGCUCAGGUUUUUUGCCGACGUACAGCUUCUCCCAGACCCAAAUUUUCAGUCAUUCAACGAAGAAAGGGUGCCCGUUUGGGUCUUCACUUGGCCCCAGCGGGAUUUCAAUGCUUCAUUUUAUCGCGUUUGGGCUCGUCGUGGGGCUUGUUACGGUGUUUCAGCUCGGCAAUGGGAUGCUGGUCGGACUGCAAGACAUUAUUUGGGUGCUGCAGCUUUCUCUCAAGACGUUUGCACUAUUUGCUGCUGCUUUCUGCGUUUACAUUUGCGUUGUGGUAAUGCGUUGGAUAGGCAUCAUUCGAGCUGCUUACAAGACGGUGAGGACACAAUAUCCAGUCGACGAGUGGAGUCUCAAGGAGAAUUUAUUACCAGAAUCACGAGGACGUAUUUUUAAUCCUGAUAUUUUGACAUUUCGUGAUCUGAUUGGGGACUUUCACGUCCGAGUUGGCAACCGACCAGAUCUAACACAACAUUUACGAAAACUACACGCAGGGCAUCGUCAAAGAUGCUCAGGGGCCGGAGCUAUUGGGGUGUUCGUGUCAGGACCAGGUAGUUUGAAGACCUCAACAGCUAAAACAGCGGCUUCGAUUGGUGCGAGUGACUUUGAUAUUCACGAAGAAGAAUUUGAGUUAUGAAUAAAACGACAAUAUUUGUAAAACUGCAACAUUAAAAAAAAAUUCCAACCUUAAAGCUCG